AUGCCAGAAGGCAGUAGAAGUGCCAAUCAGCACGCAAGUUCUGCGUCCAUUGGUGAUGGUGACACACAAACUGACCAAUGUCCAAAACAUUUCAAAAUUGCAUCAUCGCGACUACGGAAGAGAUGUCUGUUUCUUCUAGUUCUCGGAUUGAUGAUUAUGAUGAUAGUGAAUUUGGCUCUUACGCUGUGGAUGCUGAAGGUUAUGGAAUUUUCUUCGGCAGGGCUGGGAAACUUGCGGGUGGUGCCAGGAGGAUUGCAUUUGACAGGCAAAGCGUACGUCAUGGGACCGCUCACGGCGUCUUCGAUCAGAUCGAAGCCGGGACAGCCGCUCACGGUCGAAUCGACGACAAACUUUACCAUCAACACCCGAGACGCCAACGGGAUGCUGAAGAACAGAAUGUACUUAGGUGACGACAAAUUAGAGGUUUGGGCUUCCUCGUUUAUAGUGAUGGAUCACAGAGGCGUGCCUUUAUUUUCUGCAAAUCCUAAAGAAGUAAUAGUGGGAUCCGAUACGUUGCACGCCGCUGGCGAAGGAGGUGCACAUUUUACAGGUUCAAUACAAACACCAGCAGUGAAAUCUGAACCUGGACAUAAUUUAAGACUGGAAUCCAGUACAAGAUCUAUAGAAAUAAGAUCUCCAAAGGGAGUAAUAAUUGAAUCUAGGGCUUCCGAUUUGAAAUUUGAAAGUCUUAGUGAUCUCGCCAUACAUUCUGUGGCAGGAAAGAUUCGUCUGGAAUCUCCGGAUGUCCGGAUACCAAAUAUCAGGACUGCAACUCCAUCUCAGCCAACAAGUCACAGAAGACAAGAAGAUGACCGAACUGGGGGCAGAUGGCAUCAAGUCUACCAAUUGUGCGCCUGUGCCAACGGAAGACUAUUCCUGGCUCAACCUCAUGGACUUUGUGCUGCCAGGGACGACUCUGAUAGAAUCUGCCGAUAGUUAGAAAAAGAGUUGUACUUAAUUAAAGGAUAAAGGACAAAGCCUAGCCAUUCAUAUAGAUCUGUAUUACUAGCACUGUACUUUGGGAGUGAGCUAAAUUGGAUCAACAAGUCAACGACAUCAUUAGCUCGGUGCCAAUACAUAAGUAACUAAAUUUGAUAUAACG